CCACGUGGCAGAAUCUCUACAGAGUAAAUGCCACAAGUCUUUCUUCUUCUUCUUCUUCCCUUCACCAAUAAGGCAAUAAUCCUUCUUCUUCUUUCUAAAAUCCCUAAAUUACAAAUUGUUAAGAACUUGGACAAUUCUAUUUCUAGGGUUUGUGAGAUUCGUUCGGACUCUAAUGGGGAAGAAACGAAAAUCCGAGGCUACGCGGCUCGAUGAGGUUGAUCGAACCAUGUAUGGCGCGUUUCGAGGCGCUGCUAAUUCGCUCUCGCAGCUCUAUACACAUGCCAUGAAUCACCAACGCGUUUCUUUCCUCGCCGGUGAACGUCGCGGAAUGGAGAAGCUUUACCAAUGGAUUGUGAGACAAGAAGAACAAGGAACUAGAGUAUCCACAGCUGAUAUUACUACCUACUUACAGAAUGCGCUUGAAUAUGAACCUGAGGAGACGUCGAUACCACUCCCCAUGCAAGAGUUUUAUCAGCACCAAUUCGCUCCACCAAACGUAAAUACAUCAGUAGCUCAUGUUCCUUCAAGUCACAUAGCACAACAACAACAUUAUGAUUGUAACCAAGAGAAACUCUUGAUUCCACCAAAUGGUCUCUCAAGUCCGGUUCGAAGAACCCUUCAGGACUUCAACUUGUGUGAGGCUGAGUCUGGUAAUAAUAACUACAAUCCCAACUCUACAGGUGAACACUUAUCUUACUGAAUAAAAUCUUGUUUCAUUUGCCGAAAGAUGAAAAACAUAAAUCAUUCCAUUGUAAAGUCUCAAUUGUUUGUGGUAAAGUAUUGUCUCAUGUAAUACACAAAACACUUUUUCCUAAUCUUUCAAAGAAGCUGGAUGAAUGUGAAUUGACCCUUAAGAUAGACAAAUCUCUGAUAGUGAUUUUGUCGAUAGGCGAUAUGAUGAUUUCAUGUCUUGUCUAAAGCUCUCAAGACUUAAAUGUAGACUUGUUAACAGUGAUGAAAGAGAGACAAAGACUAAUGAUCAAAAUUG